CAUGGAAUAGGGCCGAGUGAACAUGGAGUAGCAAUGCUCCACGGAUGAUGUUGAUGAUCAAGGAUUAGCGUGGAAGAAAACUCAAGAAAGACGCGACAUCUUUUAGGAUCGGCGAUCGUCUGCAACGGUGCUCGCGUCUAGCGAAGAAAUCGCGUCAUCUGGUGAUGACAACGGCUGAAAAAAACGGUUGACUGUCGCCGACAACUAUGUUGCUACGUUAUUCGCGUCAGCAGGGAUAUUUGAAAUGUCUACGCAAUUCCUCGACCGCGGAGGAAGUGUCCGGUGAUAAGGUGGACGGAAGCAUAUAGCCCUACGAUGCACGCAUGCUUAACCGUAUCUAUAACGUGUAUAUACGUGGAUGACACUGGCUGCAACGAUGGGCUUCGGCUUCGCUAGACGCGUGUCUGCCGCCGCCCUCGCUUUCUCCGUCUGCCUCCUCCUCUACGCGAAAUGGAACAUGCUCCGUCAGAACAUACAACUACAGGCGUCGGUAGUCACGGUAGCGGAAGUGACGCGUGGAUUCACGACCGACGCUACCGACGCCGACGAGGCAGACGACCGGAACCGGAACUGCUCGGCCAUUCAUGAUGUCUUCUUCCUUAAGGUGCACAAAUGUGCCAGCAGCACGCUACAGAACAUGUUCAUGCGCUACGGCAAGCGGCACAAGCUGACGUUCGUGCUGCCACCUCGCGGUAACUACGUCGGCUACACAUCGCCGCUCGACGCCAGCGCCAUCGUGCGUCAUCCGUCGGGUGUCUACAACAUGCUCGUUCACCACUCGCGCUUCGAGCUGCGCAGUGUGCGUGCGCUCAUGCCUCGCGCCGUGCUCACGGCCGUCGUGCGCCGUCCGGCCGCCGUCUUCGAGUCGCUCUACCACUUCUCGCACUGGGAGCAGCGCUUCAACGUCAACCUGACGACGUUUCUCACCGACCCGCGCGGCUUCACCGCCAGGAAGCACGCGAAACCGGGCCGCUCGCCGCCGCCGCGCAACAGCAUGCUCUACGACUUCGGCCUGCCAGCCGAGCAGUUCUGGAACAAGACGCGCAUCUACGAGACGGCGCAGGCGGUGCGCGCGACCUUUGACCUGGUGAUGCUCGCCGAGCGUAUGGAGGAGUCGCUGGUGCUGCUGCGUGCGCUGCUCUGCUGGCCGUGGCGUGACGUUGUCGUACUGAGCGCGAAUGUGCGAGCGGCCGAGGCGAAGCGGCAAAGCGGCGGCGGCGGCAGCGGCGCCAUGACGGCCGAGCUGGCACACUCGAUCGAGACGUGGAACUGGGGCGACGCCAUCUUGUACGGCGUGCUGGCAGACACCUUCGAGUCGCGCGUCGCCGCCUACGGGCGCGCGAACAUGCAGCGCGACCUGGCGGUGCUGCGCCGAGUCACGAGGAGGGAGCAUGCGCGGUGCAUCGCGGGAACAGCGUCGAACGUCGAACAGACGGACGCGCGUCUGCGCGCCUACAGCGAUGACGUCAUCACUUUUCGCCUACACGAGCUGACAGACGCGUGCGUCGAUCUGGCGAAGACGGAGUUACAGUUUACCAACGAACUGCGAGAGGCCUUACUGGAAGACGUACGGAGACACUCGCGUCGAACGAUGACGUAA